AUGCCCAAAUACGCCAAAUUCCUUAAGGACUUUCUCAAGCGUAAGGAUAGGAUAGGUGAGUUUUCUAACACUCCAUUAACCGGAGGUUGUUCCGUGGUGGUCUUGAAUAAGCUACCGGAGAAACUAACCGACCCAGGAACCUUCACGAUCCCUUGUUUGUUCGGUGGUGAUGUCCAAAACCAUGCUUUGGCCGACCUUGGUGCUAGUAUUAAUUUGAUGCCAUAUUCAAUUUAUGAGAAACUAGGCCUUGGUGACUUGAAAUCUACUCGUAUGACCCUAUCGUUAGCGGAUAAGACGAUUAAGUAUCCCCGCGGGAUUGUAGAAAAUUUGUUAGUGAAAGUUGAUAAGUUUGUCUUCCCAGUGGACUUCGUAGUACUAGAUAUGGAUGCUGAUGAAAACAUACUGUUGAUUUUAGGGCGACCAUUCUUGAACACAGCCAAAGCUCUUAUAGAUGUCUUUUUAGGCACUAUCACACUUAGAGCGGGUGAGGAAUUGGUAGUUUUUAAGGUUACCAAUUUGAGAGGGUCGAAUGAUAAAGUGGAGGCAGUGGCGUCGGUGGGGGAGAGUGAGAAAGAUGAGAGAGAUGAGAAAGAGGUGGUGAGUGUUUUUAGUCUAGAGGAGGCGAUAGGACCAAAGUGUGGGGAUCCACCGGAUAGAAGAAUGGAAGAAUUAGAGAAGAGAAUGGCGUGUUUAGAAUCUAAGCUAGAGGCACUGAGCAAGGCUCAGUGUGGGGAUGGAGAGAUUAAGAAUACAUCUAGAUUCAAACCGCCCGAUGAUGAGUUGAGAGGUUGUGAGAGAUAUGAGGGUGUUUGGAGAAAUGCGGGUUGUAAUAGGUAUGAUGGUGCUACAGCCCGUGAGUUUUGGUACGGAGGUGAGCUGGAUCUACAUGAUCCUCCGUUUGAAGAUGUACCACCCGUACUCAAUCUCCAUUCGGGUGAUUUUGGAGCUGUUGUUCAAAUUCCAGGCAUUUAUCGAGUGUACUAG